AUGGCGGGUUAUGGGCCAGCUGGGUAUGCUUUAUUUGUAGCAGUGUAUGCUAGCUUAGAAAUCCUUGCAAUACCAGCUAUCCCGUUAACCAUGUCAGCUGGUCUGCUAUUUGGUUCUAUUAUUGGCACUAUCAUUGUCUCUAUUAGUGGAGCGACAAGAAAUGCAACAGGAUUAGUUGCUCCAGCUAUUGCCGUCAAUUUAGGUGCCUUAACAUAUACAUUGGGCACCCUCGUCCCUGUGAUAGGAGCAAGUGGAUUUGCUACAGCUGCAGUUGCAACUGUUGUAGGAACUGUUGUCGGUAGUUUUAGAUAAUCUCUUAAUAGUUAUCGAUAUGUCUAGAAAGUUAGAUAUGCAUAGUAUUGGGUGGUUUAAACUCUUUGGACAGUUUAGAACUUAAGGAUAUAGUUUUUGAAUGUUUAGAAUGUAUAGACAAUUGUUGAAUGUUUAUAAUUUAUAGAUAUAGUUUCUUUUUGAUGUUUCAAACAAUAUUUUG